CUUCUUAUAAGUUUCUUCUUACCCCUUACACUCACAAAAAAAAUCAAAACAAAAACUUUUAAAACGAUUUCAAUUAAUUAAUAGAAAAACAUGGAUGUUUCUGAUCUCUUAUCAUUUAAACCUGAAACAAUUCCAAAACGUAAACAAGAUGAUGAUGAAGAUACAGAUGGAAAGCAAUCAGAACCAAAAUAUUCAAAGAAGCCGAAAAUUGAAGAAAAAAUUCUGGAAUUAAUCGACAAUGCUGAUGAAGAUGAAGACGACGAAGUACUUGAUGAAGUCGGGUUAAAGAAACUAGCUUUACUUUUUGAAAAGCGUGUAUUAGGUAACCAAAAGAUGCGUUUGAAAUAUCCAGAAGAUCCUCAAAAGUUUAUGGACAGUGAAAUUGAUUUACAUGAUGCGAUUAAGAAACUCCAGGCAAUAGCAACAGUUCCCGAUCUUUAUCCAUUGCUGGUCUCAUUAAAUGUCGUGUCUUCAAUGCUCGAAUUGCUAUCGCAUCCUAAUACUGAUAUUGCAGCAGCUAUCAUAGAAAUCUUAAUGGAACUCACUGAUGUUGACAUUCUCCAUGAAAGCACCGAAGGAUCCGAAAAACUGAUUGAUUGUUUACAAGAACAGAACAUAACAAAACUCUUGGUCUCAAACUGCCUUGAACGAUUGGAUGAAAGUGUUAAAGAAGAAUCAGAUGCCGUUCAUAACAUUUUUUCGAUUUUUGAAAAUCUCACAGAAUUUCGCCCUGAAAGUUGCGUCGAAAUUGCUGAACAAAGUCUCAUGCAAUGGAUUCUAAAGAGAUUAAAGAUUAAACAAUAUGACGCUAACAAACUUUAUUGCUCGGAAGUUUUAUCAAUACUACUUCAAAAUACCAACGAAAAUCGAAUCCUUCUUGGGUCAAUCGAUGGAAUCGACGUUUUGCUACAACAACUUGCUAUUUAUAAACGUCACGAUCCUGUCACUGAAGAAGAAAAGGAAUAUAUGGAAAAUCUUUUUAACUGUCUUUGCUCGAGUUUAUUGGCCAAAGAGAAUCGAACAAACUUCCUUAAAGGAGAAGGAUGUCAACUCAUGAAUUUAAUGCUUCGAGAGAAAAAGCUCAGCAGAAAUGGAGCUUUGAAAGUUUUGGAUUAUGCUUGUGCUGGUUCUGAUGGAAAAGAAAACUGUCUGAAGUUUGUUGAUAUUCUUGGUCUUAGAACAAUUUUUCCAUUGUUCAUGAAAACACCGAAAAAAAACAAGCAACGAUUAUUGAGCUCGGAAGAAUUUGAAGAGCAUGUUUGUUCCAUAAUUAGCAGCAUGCUUCGCAACACAAAAGGAAGUCAGAAACAACGAUUACUCUCAAAGUUUGUUGAGAAUGAUUUCGAGAAAGUCGAUCGUUUGAUGGAACUUCAUUUGAAAUAUUUGGAGAAAGUUGAAAAGAUUGACAGAGAAAUCGAAGAUUCCAAACGAUUUAAGAAGCCUGGUGACAAUAAUGAUGAGGAUGAAGAUGACCAAGAAGGAAAUUAUAUGAAACGACUUUCUGGUGGACUUUUCACUCUUCAACUCGUCGAUUAUAUUGUCUUGGAAAUUGCUAUAUCGCCAGAUGGUCCAAAGAUUAAACAACGACUUCAACAAAUUCUGAAUCUUCGAGGAUCGUCAUUAAAAGUUAUCAAAGAUGUCAUGCGUGAAUAUGCUGGAAAUUUGGGUGAUGCACAAAACGCUGAAUGGCGAGAACAUGAGAAACAACAUGUGCUUAGUUUGAUCAAUCGAUUUUAAGAUUGAAUUUAUAAGAAUAUUGCCGUAAUUAACUUUAAUAAUAAAAAAUAAAGGAUGUCAAUUUUUGUUCAUAU